UUUUUUUUUUCUUCUUCUUCUUUUGCCGCGACAAACCCCACCCUCCCCUUCUCUGAAUCUCCCUUUAUUUUGCUAAAUCUUCACCAUUCGUCCUCGGUAACUUCAUGGGAGCCGUCUGCUGCAGAGGAGAGGACAUCGACUAUGACCGAGAAGAUGUUCAUCUAAGUCACUUCAACCUUUUGAGAGCUAUAGGGAAAGGUUCAUUCGGAAAAGUUAGAAUCGUUCAACACAAAGGUACUAAGCAGAUAUAUGCUCUCAAAUACAUCAACAAGAACAAAUGCAUCAAAAUGCACGCUGUUCAAAAUAUCCUAUCGGAACGCAAACUGCUGGAACACAUCGAGCACCCCAAUAUUGUCAACCUUCGAUAUGCGUUUCAGGAUGAAGAAAACAUGUUCAUGGUACUCGAUGUUAUGCUUGGAGGAGACUUGCGAUUCCAUUUGGAUCGAUUGGGUUGCUUUCGAGAAAAUCAAGUUCGUUUCAUAGUGGCAGAGCUUGCUCUAGCCAUUCAUUAUUUGCAUACCCACCACAUCAUUCACAGGGAUAUCAAGCCGGAUAAUAUAUUAUUGGACGAUAAAGGACAUGCUCACCUUUCCGACUUUAACAUUGCCUUCAGGUGCAAGGAAGGCGCUAUCAUGUACUCUGUUGCUGGAUCGAUGGCGUACAUGGCUCCAGAAUUAUUGAUGAAAAGAGGUUACAACACAGCCAUUGAUUGGUGGAGCUUGGGGGCGACAGCCUAUGAACUGCUUUUUGGAAAACGGCCGUUUCGAGGAAAUUCUAACGAUGCCAUAUCCAAGGCAAUUGCUUACGAAGAACUCAAGUAUCCAGAUAAUGCUCACGAUAUCCUGUCUCCUGAAUGUUUUGAUGUUAUCGGCAGGCUGAUGUGUAAAAACCCAAGCAACCGAUUAGGAGUAGGAGAAGAUGGCUUUUCUCAAUUGAUCACACAUGCUUGGUUUCGCGAUAUAGACUGGAAACAGAUUGAGCAGAAGACAUUGGAUCCUCCAUUCUGUCCAGAUAACAAGAAAGCCAAUUUUGAUGUGGUGCACGAGCUGGAAGAAUUGCUAUUAGAAGAUUCGCCUCUCAAAUCCCGAAGACGGAAGAAGCCGACGGACACGAAUAUUUCAAGCCAUCACCGAAGCUUCAGUCAGCAAUGGACAGCUGACCAAUGCCGCGACUUGAUCAAUAUGGAAGCCAAGUUUUUAGACUACGACUUCACCAAACAUUCUGUAGCGCAAUCGGAUCUUCGCCUUGGCACCGAACCUAGUGGCGUUAACGAAGUAUCUGGAAACAUGGGAAAUGCUCGGGGCCACGCGUUGAACGCUGUAGCUGAUCAAGCCAAAUCAGAUGUACUGACGGUUGAAAAUACCAAAGACAUUAAGUUGGAUUCACUCAAAUUUAAUUAAGAUACCACCGAAUGUUUUUCUUUCUGUUUUGACAUACUUCACCCCCCUUUUUCUCUUUGCAUGUACAUACCAACUGUAGAACAUAACGCCUGCUUUAAUACUGCUC